UACGUGUUUCUGUUGUGAACAGAUAGUGUCCAUCCGCACACAGUCCACCUACACACAUGUAUACGUGUUGUUCGGGUACUCGAUAAAGCCUUUUGUUUACCAAUUACUCCGGCAACCGAAGGGAAUUAUAAUGAGUGACGAUGACCGAGACAUCGACAUUGAGAGCGAUGAAGGCGACGAUUCCGAUUCUAGACAGAGACAUUCGAAUAACACCCAAUAUUAUUCCCAGGCGGAGAAACGUGCACAUCACAAUGCAUUAGAACGUAAGCGUAGAGAUCACAUUAAGGACAGUUUCUCGAGUCUUAGAGACUCUGUACCAGCAUUGCAGAGCGAGAAGGUUGUCAGCAGAGCACAAAUACUAAAGAAAGCUGCCGAAUAUAUACAAUUCAUGCGCCGUAAGAAUUCCUCACAUCAGCAGGAUAUCGAUGACUUGAAACGACAAAACAAUCUUCUGGAAUCUCAGAUCGGAAUUGUUUACAGUUCGAGCUCUGGAGAAAGCAAAAAUAACGGGAAAUUUCGCAGCCGAAACUUGUGAGGUCACAAAAUCGGAAGGAGUACCAAUGUCGGGGUACAAUGACACAGAGUCAGAGUCUUCGGACAGUGAAGCAAGCAGAACCGUACGCCAAUCAAAAAAACUGAAAGUUGGUGGACUUCAUCAUUGACCAAUGGUUUGACCCAAGCUUUGUUGUCUUAAAAACUUAUUUUCUCAUGACAACCGAAUUCUAUAUAGAUAUUUAUUCCCCCUCCCCCCGAAUGAAAAGGAAACAUAAGGACAUUUAUUCACUGAAAGAUGAAAGGGUAGAGGAGUGUGUCAGUGAGCCGUUAAAUGUCUUAGAGCCAGUGUACAAAAGCGUACAAAAUAUAGGUAGCGUUAUGCUUAUUCGAAGAUUGAUAUAAAAGAGGAAUGCAUUGUGAAACACCUUUGGGAAAGCCUUUUAAAGUAUUGACUUUAUAA